AUGGCCGACGUUCUCCCACCCCUCUACUACUAUUUCUUCUCGCUCGUCGAGCCUGGCCUCUCAGUCGCGGGAGCCCUGUAUGCUGCAUUUAGGCCCGAGACGUACGCGGCCGAUCUCCUGCCCAACGGCGUGGAGAGACUUACUCAGGCCGUUGGCAACACGCUGCGUGGGCGGAUGAUGUGUGGCCAGCUGGGAAGUUGCUUCCUUGUGCUCGCGAUGAACUCGUUCUCGCUCGUCCCGGUGUUCCGCCGGCAAACUCCAGCGUUGUGCGAGAGCCUCACGUCCGCCCUCCUUGUCCCGCUUCUCAUUGGAGACUUUACCCACAUCAUCCUGACACUGGUAGCGCUACCGGGGACGCUCGCGUUCGAGCCGUGGAACUGGACGCAGCUCAUCCACGGCAACGUCAGCAUUACUUUAGGUCUCAUUGUUAUACGCAUGCUCUGGUUCCUCGGCGUUGGCCGCCAGUCACCGGCUGCGGUCACGGCCAAGGCGCGCAAGAACGACAAGGCCGAGUAG